CCGCCUAUUGUCGCAGUUACUGAAACAGUUGUUUAUUGUUAGUCAUAUUAUCUGUUGUCCGGUCACGCUCUUCUAGUUAGUUCUGCUUGAGUCCGUCAAUAAGUCGUUUGUAUUUGUACGGUGCUGGUAACUGUUGACUAGGAUUCAGUGGCGUUUGUUGUAAGUUAGUAAACCACUUUUCUAAAGUGAUUCGUUGAUAGUACUAUGUAGAAUAAUUAUAUAAGUAAUAUGUGUCGCAGAGUCCCGGUCGAUUUGAUGUUUCUUCUGUAAAUGGUGUUCAGUAAUAUGAUUGUUGACGUCACCUUUUCUUGUCGCUCGCUUGUGAUCAGUUAGUCGCGAGCUAAGGUUUCUGCAGGUUUCACCAAUGAAAUUGGCCUGGCAAUCGCAGCAUUUGAUCUUGUAUAGUACCAAGGGCGGAUCUAGGGGGAGGGUGCAGGGGGUGCGCACCCCCCCCCCCCGUGAGAUGACCUGCCGUUUUCUAAUACAACUGGUAUUCUGCAAAAAAAAAAUCGAUGUGGUUUAUUGGUGUUGAAGUAGAGCAAGAGACGAGAGCACCCCCUCCCAAAAAAAAUCCUGGAUCCGCCCCUGUAUACUGCUCCCUCUCUGUCCUCUGGUUUGUCUUUGUCCUUAAAAUUAGUUAGUAGCCGUCGUAAAGUGGUCAUCGGUUUGUGCACAACGCGUAUGUUGUAGAGUUGUUGUAUACGUUCGAUAGUUUCAAAGGUGCCUCUGAUCUACGGCAUUGUCGCUGCCUUAACAGGGCCAACACUCAGACCAACGUUAACUCUGGCAUCGUGAGAUAAACGAUAUAAUUAACCAAUACAAUAACCUUUAUUAUUGGUAACAUAUGAUUGCUUUUGAAUUAACAUAUAGUUGUUUCUCCUUGAAACAGAUAACAUUUCUCGAAACAACAGUUAAACUGGAAGAGCUAGUGACUGAUUCUUUUGCCUUCACAUUUUUACCAACGGCGUUUUCAUUUAAUCCGCCCAAGAUCAAAUUUAUGAACUAUUUCAAGUGGAAGAGAGCUGCUGUUGUGUAUGAUUUCUUGACAGAUGAAGGGGCUAACGUUAAGGUUAGUAUUCUGUCAAUUUAUGGGACAGGGCAAAAUGAUAACAAUUCACUUUCUCAUAUCAGGAAUUGAAAAGAUAAAAGCCGUGCAAAAUGAUCCCCAUACAUGAACCUGACUUAAAUCUACUUAUUUUCUUAUGUAGAAAUAGUGAUAACUAAACGACCAGUAAUUGGAAACUUUUGCUCCAUGCGUUGGUACAAAUAAAUGUUUGCCUUUUUCACACUAAAGAAGUCAGUCUAAGUCUGUAUUUAUGUUAUGACUGGCGCUGCAAGCGGGCGAAGUGAAGCGAGUGCUGUGUUCUGAUUGGCCAAUUGCUGGCCAAAUCUGUUCUGUCAGCAAGGCUGGGAAUGGGAACUCGUUCUCUGAGUGUUUUGAUGGACCUCGAUUUUGCUCCUAGCAUUUUAUUUACUUCCUAGUAAGCUUUAGCUUUUUUGGUGUUCCGGUCAUUAACUACGUGUAUAUAAGACCUCCUUUCUUAUCUUGGGAUACUUUGACUAUGCAUAUUUAAAAUUGCAUUUGCUGCAUCGCAAGCUCCAAGGCCGUUGGGGGUGUGAACAAAGUAAACUUGUUAAUAGUGACCUUAGCUCCCACGAGUCUCCUAUAGCUUAUAUAGUGGUAGAGCAUCUGGACUGGUAACCAGAAGGUCAUUGCUUAAUUCAACUCCUACAGAGAAGGGAAGUGAUGACGUCACAAAAACUAAAUUUAUGAAAUUAUGGGAUAGGUUGGUAUAUCUAGAGAGAACAAAAUGAAGAAUGCCCUCUUGCUAAAAAGCAGCCUUUUUCUACUCCCCACCAAUUUGCCUUUAAAAGGGUGGGGAGUAAGUAUCCCGCUCUUUGAGCAUGCACAAUUCGUUCGCUAGUACCAUCUGCUUGGUCGGAGAUGCUUCUGAUGCUUGUUGCAUUCUACUGUUCAAAUUCGCCUACUUAAUAAGUUCCUCCAAUUGGCAGUGUUUUCGCAUAAAGGCUCUAUGUCAGGUACCACACAGAAAACACACGAAAGGUAAUGGGCAAAAUUCUGGUGGCAGGGAAGCGCUUAAAUCUAGGGGUAAGGGGACCAGGAGAGAAGUUCUCCUGGAGGGAGACAAGAUCGAGUGGUACCGGGGGUAGCCACCCUGGACAGGAGUCCCUUUCAGUCUCCGGGGGUGAGGCCCAUAUCCCCCAGUCACUAGGAACUAAGGGGAAUCAGGAGGGGUGGCCCUCCUGGGUGGAGUGCAGAUCUGUUGGGACCGGGGAUCCACACUCUGGAGUGGAUAUUUUUCCGGACCUGUCUCCAAGGGCUAAGCCUUACUGUGGGGUAAAGUGCAGCUAGGGGUUGCACUUCCCUGCCACGGAUUGUGGAGCAUGGGGAGACAGGGGACACAAUCCCCCCACAGUAGAAGGCGAAUAAAGUCGGGCUCAUGUAGGCAGAGGGAGCCGUACUUUCUGCUCCUAUGAGACUUCGCAAGUGAUCCGACAAAAGUUAAAGAUGACACUAGCUGUCUUGAUGUUAGUUAUGGACUAGUAUUAGCUAAGAGUCUAGGUACUUCUAAAAUGGUACAUUUAGGGGUCUUUAUAUAGCAUUAAUAACAGUCCGAGCUCCAGCGGCCUAGAACUUUAAUAAGCCAGGGUAGAAGGCCAGCUUUGGCUGCAGUUGUGGCGGCUCCAAUACGGAAACUGUGGGAGUAGAAAUUUUUGGCAGGGAGACCACAGUGUUGAAGAAUUGUCCUAAGCUCUGUUGUGAGAUUGUUCCGUGUAAGCCAGUGUCUGGGUUGGACGAAGGCGAACAGAGGGUGGCUUGAUGGUGGCUGGGCUUGAAGGAGAUAGUCUUUCAUGGCCAUCACCGAACAGAUAGGUGACAAGGACUUUGUAAUGGUGAUUGUGCGGCCCUGUCUGAAGGGGUCAGUUUUGGAUUGUUUGAUGUGGACUAGCACGUGGCUGGGUGAGUGGGAGUUGGGUACCAGUGUGAUGUCAUUGGAGGCAGCCUUUUUACUCCCCACCAACUUGCCUUUAAAAAGAUGGGGAGUAAGUAUCCCGUACUUUGCGCAUGCGCAAUUCGUUCGAUAGUAUCAUGUGCUUGGUCGGACAUGCGGACAUGCUUCUGAUGCUUGUUGCAUUUUACUGUUCAAAUUCGCCCACUAAAUACGUGAAAUCCUAGUACAUUACAAACUCCACAUAAAUCCUUCUAAAUCUAGACCUCGAUCGUAAGCGUUACGAUCCAGGCCAAUUUUACAAGGAUUUGUAUGGAGUCAUCAGAGCAUAACGGUACUUAUAUCUCAAGACAAAGAGGACAUUUCUCAUGUUUUUCUUUCAGAAUAUGUCAACCAAUCCAAUAAUUUCUCAAAUUUAUAUUUUGUGACGUCACCGUUCUCUUCGCUAUCAGAAGUACUCCAAUGUGUUCUUCCUUGCCGCCUGUGUCGCUGACUGCAUAAAUAAACAUCUUUUCUCAAAAUUCUACGAGUCCCCUUAGCUUUGUUUUCGGCCUUAAAAGGGUAGCAGUUUUCUACUGUAUUCCCCUUUAAAAGUAAUCCGGUUUACCAUCUUUGGCUGUACGCACCUUUUACACACCUCCCCCGUAAAUUGAGAUGAGUUUCCCCCUUAUUCUGUUCACACUUUUUCACCCUUCUUGCUAGUCCUAAUGACUUUUAGUUAUUUUAUGUUUUAAGGUUGUGGAAGAUCUUGCCGCGACAGCUUCUUCGAACCUCACUUCACCUCGCUUUAAACUGACGUUUGAACCAAUUAACCCACAGCAAAACGUAGCCGAGGGAGAAGUGUUUGAAUCUAUUAAGAACAGUCUGCAAAGCCUAAGGGUAAUUGAUCUUGUUUUCUGCUUCUAUAACAACAACAACAAUAAUAAUAAUAAUAAUAAUAAUAAUAAUAAUAAUAAGGUGACUCCCUUCUUAUACGUAGACGACCUUAAAGUGUUCGUUGCGUCUUAGACCAAGCUGAACAGGUCCGUACGAUCUACCAGUGCAGCUAUGCAGGAUACCGGCUUGCUGUGGAAUCCAAAGGAAUGCAGUGUUAUCCAGGUCAGGAAGGGCAAGCAAGUUGAAGAUGCAGCAGACCUCAAGCUGGGCGAGACGGCUUUGGUCAAGAACCUCAAGACUGGUGUCAAGAACAUUUUCCUUGGUGUGAGGGUCGUUCACUCAAGUCUGUAGAACGAGAGUAAAAAUUAAUUAAUAUCAAGGCGGCUAUGGAGCUACAUGUAUAUGAGAAUCCAGACCGGAUGAAGAGAAUUGUGCGGAUAUUUGAAGGGAUUCUCCUCACUUGUGAAGGACGCACACAAUUUAGUCUGGGAACUAGGGACUAGUCUGAAUUUAGCCACUCCCUAACCAUCGUGUAGCACGCAACAGAAGAUCAGAGGACAUCCGGUGAGACAAUAUCUUACGAAAGCUGUGGGAGAGAAUGUUAAGGAGAGAUGGCAAGGACGUCUGCUGUGGGCCAGAUGGGAAGACGACCUGCUGGGUGAACAGGGCCGUUUUGUCUGGUUGAGUGGGUGGGCGUGCGCCCCUACUCCUGCUAUCGCAGGGGGUUAUGGAACUUUACGAGCAGCUCUUACUACUUCUUACUUCUGGUCGACGCCUAAAAAAGGACAGGAAGAAGACUGACACCAAAAGGCUCUAGCGAUCUCUCAUACAACUUUCAAGAUCUCUUACGUUCUCCAGCCCAGUAUCCCUCAAUAGUGUGUUAAUAUAUGUAGUUGAAGGACAUUAUCUUUUUGCCAUUCCAUGCCGGUAGGCACUAAUGUUAUCAGGUGUUGCACUGGAGAACAUGUACAGAAAAAGCAAUCCUUAUAUUUUGAAUGGUAGAGGUCACCUUUUUUAGACUACCACAAAGCUCGCAAUUUUAACCUUAUUCUUCUAAGAUGUGUUUAUCACCAUUUGCAGCGUUCUUGAAUAAGUUCCACCCAGGCUUCUGAGCAAGUGUCACUCCUGUAAAGGAGAGUUGUCUCCUUAGUUGCUGUGAAUAACUUCCGCCUUUUUUCCCUGCAAAGUCACUCUUCCAGAUGUUGUUCACUUUGUUUAGUGAUUGCCAGGCCAGUGCUGUGCGGACUUUUAUGUCUCUUUCCUAAGAACAUGUCCACCUCCCAGGUAUUUGCGUCUUGCUCCCCUGUCUCUUCGAUUCCACAACUGUUUGUUUACUUUUUUACUGUCAGUUGUCUCUAUUUCUACACUUUCAACGGUGAUAUACAUAGCUUUGGUCUUUAUUGCAUUCUAUAUUCCCAUUGCGUAAAAGCUGCCUGGCUUGCCUAAUCUCGUCAGAUAGAAGAACAAUUUCAUCAGCGUAAUUCAAGCCGCUCCUCUUUUCCUUGUGUGGCUUGCCACAUUGCAAGAUCAACCGCAAUGACAAAUAAAUAUGGUGCCAAAGUCAUAACUCAGGAAAAUAUCAGGGGAUAGAACCUUCCCUUUCAUGUUGCUACAUUUUACCAUGAUUGCACUCGUGAUUCUCUCAGGGAUGUUGAACAUAUCGCUUGAUGGUUAAUGAAGACGAAUGCUUUACUAAAGUCAAUGAGAACCAUAAUUAAUGGUAGAUGGUAAUUCUUGACUACUUCAAGGAUACCUCUCAAUGCCAGCACCUGCGUAAUGGUAGAUCGACCCGGGCGAAAGCCAUUCUGGUUAUAUCGCAGAUAUGGAUCUAUUUUUGGGCGUAUACGAUUUAAUGGCACCCUGUUUAUUAGGUUGGCGACUAUCGAUGAGUAAGCUGAUACCUACGGUCGUCGAUGUCACAGCGUUUCAGUACCUCAGGCUCUCCAGGUGCUUUACCUUGGCUUAUCUGCUUCUUAGCAUUAAGCACUUCCCACACUGUGAAUUCAGUCUCUGUUAUUCCAAGGUUAUGCAGAACAGGAUGAAAAUUAUCCAGGGUUGUGUCUUCAGCAGGGGUUCUAGAUGAAGCCUACCCGAGCUUACGCGCAGAGACCGGUACGUCAGACCAAAUUAACACCAUGUGGAGAAUGUGUGGGUAAGGUACCAGAGGGCUUUUCUCAAGUUUUGGCACGCUGUUCAUUACUGGCGCAGACUAAGUACAUGACCAGGCAUAAUGCUGCACUAGUAGCGCUCUACUUUGACGGAAAUGCUAAGGGACCUAAAGCUUGCCGACAUCUCUCCUCCUUGGUACUCACCAGUGGAGCUCAGCCCGUUGUACCUGUCAGACGACGCUCAAGCAUACUGAGAUUUUCCUGUUCACGCAGAGCACACAUAGGAUUGAUUCGCAAUUUGUAAACAACAAGGAGAUGUGUGUGGUGGCUGUGUUAAUGAGCUGUCCAUGAUUGGACAACCACCCGAAGAAGGAUACUGAGAAGACAAAGAAGUACCAAACACUGCGGUGGGAGCUUACUAGGCAAUACCCAGUCUACAAGAUCGUGGAGCUGAACGUCAUCAUCGACGUUCUGUCGGAAUAGUCCAAGGAGCCAGAUGUCGAGAUGAGUACGCUCUUUGGGGCGCUGUUGAGCGAUGUUCUGAAGUGGACGCAGAACUACUGUCCAGAAACGGCGAAAUAUUUUAAAUGAAUAAUUAUGGUUCAUAUUCCAUGAGAGCUAAGCCAAUCAAAGCUCUAGAAUUGAUUUAUCCAAUGAUUCAGUUAUUCAUUAAAAAUAUUUCUCCGUUUAUGAUUGACUCCAAUCUCCCGGCGAAUUCUUCAUUACCAACUUUCGCUGAACAUAUUUGAAAGAUGUCAGCAAUAUACCAUUGAUUCCAUGGUAUAACAUGAUUAUGAUAUACUAUAGAUCAACCUCGUUUCUAGGCGCGGCAGCCUAGCUGUAUAUUCCCUAGUGAACUAAUGAAAAAAACGGUGGUGUUCACGACUAUCCGAAGACGAAAUACUGAGCUGACUGAACGGAAGAAAUGCAAGGCAAGAACUGCAUAAUUCUUCACAUCCUACGUACUCAGCCUCAUUCAAUAAUUCCUUAUUAUACCAUGCUCUCUUUAUGGUCAGUUUACGUGUACGUUUAAGGAUAUACAAGAAGCGAACUUGAUUUUUUUUUCGCGAAGGAAUUAUUACAACGCUAAUAAAGUGCAAAUUGCUUAGAUUUGACCCUGAAGCAUAGUAUCCUAUUGUUAUGCAUUUCCAAUCAACAAUUUGAAGUUCACAUCAUCAUUCUAAAUUGAUGAUGUUCUGCGCACAGCCGGAAAUACCUCUGUGCUCGUAGACUUGGAUGUACAUUUCUUAACCAAAUAUCAAAUAUGUUUUCAUUGAUCAGGAAAGAGACUAUAAAAUCUUCAUCGGAGAAUUUGGUGACAUAGCAGCCGCCCUGGUUUUUUGCGAGGUAAGAAAAGUAGAACUAGAUAAUUGUUCCCGCAAAAAAGUGAACUGGUGGUAUGAAGCGUGUGUGGAUGUCUGGUGGUGGUGUUGGUGGUGGUGGUGUGUGUGGGGGGGUCGGGGGUCCUCCCUAUAAUGGCCUUUACGAGGGGGUUCCGCUCAAAAGAGGUAGCUUUUUCAGGUUUCAGGUGUAUGAAAGGGCACGGAUUUCACCAGUUGAAGUAUAUGAAAGCGUAGGAAAGUAGGUCCUAAGAUGGCCUAAAAGGACUAAGAGAUGCAUUUUAUGGCUAUGAAAAAAGUCGAGAAAGCGUUCUUGCUUUGUGAUCUAUUCAUAUUUUGAAUACAGUGCCUUUACAGUAGUAAAAGGGGAUGCAAAGUUCUAACCUAGGUAUGUGAAGAAGGGGUAAUUAAUGUCAACGUCUUUACACAAUUUGAGUUACUAUAGUUCCUUUUUGGCUGUCUGUAGAAUCGUAUCUUGUAGGACUCAGUAAAGCUUGAAAGGUACGCCUAAAUUGGUAUAACGUAGGCCGUUUAAAUUUUAAUUUUCUGACAAUAAUCCCGGCCAAUUUUACCCGUAAGUCAUCCUUCAGGAAAUUUAAUAGCCAUGAACAGGAGCGCAUUACUCGAGAGAGUCCAUUUUAAAAAUGUCCUGGGCUAAGGAUCCUUGGUGGAGAAAUUAAAAAGGCGAAAACCGUAUUUACUCGAUGAAACAACGAAAGUAGGAUCAAAAUUGCUCUCAAAAGAAUGCCACACCAUUCAUAAGAAUGUAGCGUUUAUUCGAGGAUUAUAGAAAAUCUUUACAAUUUUGGGACCGAUACACCUUUGGUACGAUACUAAAGGCGCUUUCUAUUUGUCAGAACUGGCCGGCCGGACCAUUGCCAGACCAGUCUUUAUGACAAUGAAAUUGGCUUUUCCAAGUUUUUUUGCUGAAAAACCAUCUCCUUCCCGACACUAUAAUUUAGAAUUUGACUGAUCUGGCUAAAUAGUUUUGAUUAACAGUUAAAUUCUCAUUAUGACAGGAAGGGUCUGGCCGGACAGUUCUGACAAAUGGAAAGCGCCCUAAGUGUCCGCCUUAGAGAGAGAUGGCCCUCUUAUAGAGAGUCAAAUGAAAGGAGUGAGAAAAGGAAGAUAGGUUUACGUUUUACAGAGGUGUCAGAGGUACGUGUCCGUUAAGAGACAGUCGACUGUAUAUGGUAUUCUAUAUCAUUCAGCGAUCUCGAUUCUAUCUCAGAAGAAGAGCGACGCAUGAAAACUCUUUACAUCUUUUUGUUUUAAAUAAUAUUUACAAAUGAUGUUUUAUAGUCGACUCUCUCUGAACGGACACCACCAUAGGACGGACACCUCCGUAAAACGGACACCUAAAGUUGGUACCUACCUUUCUUUACUCCUUUUAUAUUUGACUCUCUAUAACAGGGCUAUAACACAAAACUUUAUUUUGCAUGAAAAUCGAUAACUUAAUGUAAUUGCUGAAAUUCUGGAGGUUGCGAAUAAUCCCAAAUCUCAAUAAAAACAGGUGUAGCACGGUGCGAGGCGAUGGAUGAUUCGAACUCCACGUGAUAGAAUAUUAAAGCAGAUUUAAUGACAGAACCUUAGAGUUCAUAACAAUAGCAGUCGCGUGAAAACAAUUCAGUGUAAUAGCAAUGUUCGUGGCCUAGUUACGACGUCACAGAUCGCAGUAGUAGCGAGUAGUAAUACACGCAGUAGACAAAGUAAUAGCAGACGUAGUCGACGUAACAAAACGUAGACGUAGACGUAGACGUAGGCGUAGGUUCGAACUGAAAGCGAUAAUUAAAGAAUACGAAUUUGGUCGACGACUCGCACCAAAAGUAGCAAAAACUAGCACUCUAUAGCUGCAGCAAAAUAUCUUGGGAUAGCAACUCCAAUGACAGCAGGAUAACUUAUAAUUUUUAGUAUUGCGUUGCCUCUUUUAUAAUAGACUAUAGGUGUCUUAUGGGCGUUAACAAAGUAAAACUGUACCUACGCUUUACGCGUUUCCUAGUGGAAAGUAGUGCACCAUGACAUAUGCGUCAAAACCCACAGAAUGUUUCUAGAAAGAUUGAUAUAAUCACGUUCUAUAACCUAAAAAUAAAAAACUGUCUUAGAGCAACUAAAAAAUAUUAUAAGACAAAUGAACAAAAGAAUAUUUCAAAACUAACACUUACAAGUGCAGACUACCUGCAAUUGGCAAAGCUAAUCGGGGCAGGUAGUAUGGAGACGUAUCACUUAAACUUAGUUUACAGUCAGUUGAUACAAAGGGAUUUUACUGAAUCAGGCAUUAGAAAUUCGAAAAUCUUCCGUCAUUAACUGGGAGCGUAAAGAGACACGUUCUGUCAGCACACACACAAGCGCAAGACAGACAUCAGGGUCUAAGACGGACACUUAGUGCAAGCAGUCCCAAAGGUGAUCGUCUAAGAGAGAGUUGACUACAUCGUCAUUUUGUUGUCUGUGAAAAAACGCCCAGGCGCUUAAUCGGUAACGUUGACGGUAACGGGGUGCCCGCUCUGUUGACCUCUUUCGUACCUAGCCCGUUAUUAGAUUUUGUUUUUCUCACCGAGGCGCCUUGUCCUAGGCUAUCUCAAAAAUGGUACCUUAACGCAGUUUUUCUGGUAUUAUUAGAGAGUGUAAGAUACUACGACGGCGACGGAGGCAAAUACCUCGCUUAAAAAGUGACCCUCACUUCUCGAUCUAUGAAACUUUAGCGCGAUUAACUCCAACUCGGUCACUAUGUUUUACGUAGGCGAACUCUCCUGGAGUUGAAUUCUUAAGAAUAAAAGUUUAAAAAGAGGAAGAGAGAUUCGUCCUCGUUUGUUCACGUUGUCGAUAAAACGUGAAAUUAGGCAAUUCACGUCGUAGUCGUGCAGUGACGGCACAGAAAUGUACAAAAAAGCGUGAUGCAUGGGCAGAGUUGUUGUUAACCAGUUGCUUUUUGACGUUCUCGUUGCCGUCGCCUUAGUGGCAUCUUAAUUAUGGCUCUAUAGUCCCGACUGACGAGCCCCCCUGCCACCCCACUAAAAUAUACACCUUUCUGACUCGUUUUUUAAGACAACAACAACACCAGAAGCUUUGUUUGCAUGGCCAUAAAGGAAUUACAGUAUUGCAAAAGCUAUUAGUCUAAAUUUAAGUACUAAUUCAACUAAUUAGUACGUGCAAAACAUAACAAAACGUUACAGUUCUCAUUCAUUCAUUCAUUGAUAUUAAUUUGGUUCUUAAUUCAAAGCAUUGCGAGAUAAAUGAAACUAAUUGACAGUUAAUUAAAUAAUCAGAAGAAUUCAUAAGAAGAGAUAUUAAAGUAUCGUGUGAAAGUGAUUUGAAGUCAGGUAUUUUAUUUAGUUUUUAGUUUGGAGAAAAAUAUGUCUCUGAUCUGAGAAUAAGCCUUACAAUCUAGUAAGAAAUGAUUUCAUCUUCGAUUUUGUUACUUGUACAAAAGUGACAUAUUCUUUCAUUGCGAGGAAUGUUUUCGUAUCUACCUGUCUCAAUUCUAAGUUGAUGAUUACUUAUUCUAAAUCUAACUAAUGCUUUUCUCGAAGGGUUUUUUCUUGUUAAAACUAGGUACUGCGAGGGGCUAUAGUCGUCUUUGAUUGUACAAUAAAAACUGAGUUUUUGUGAUUGUUGAAGGGUCUGAAUCCAGUAAGAGAUGUAUUUAUUUUUCAUUAUGCCGAUAUAGCUAUUGACUAUUGAGUCACUCAAUGAAUUACAGGGAAAGUCAUAGUUUAGAUCAUAGUAGUCAACCAUUUUCAUGAGAUUAGAGUAAAAGCUAGUUUUUCCGUUAUGAUGAAGGUCAAUUGAAAUUUGUAAGGCCUGUUUAACUAUAGAAUCUUCAUUUUUACCUCUCAGAUAGUCUAAGUAAUUUAGAAUCUUUUUAUUUAUAUCAAUGAUCAUGGGAAAUUUACCGAGUUCAGCUCUACAAGCAAUCACAGACUGACGAACCAUCGAUCGAGCCACCGAGCCACUUGUAUGUCUCAUCUCUCUCUCGUUCUUUAAACACUUGUCAUGACUAACGAGCCACCGAGCCACUUCUAGCCCUUUAAGACCUUAAAGACCUAAAAAUAUCGCAAUGUAUUUUCCUGCCAGCCUCAGACUGCUCAGAUUCAUGGGUGGUAAUGGGCAUGUACUGAGGAAUGAACGUCUUUUUUUUCUGAUAGUUGUAUAAAAUGGGAAUGUACGGACCAGAGUUUGUUUGGAUUUUAAACCCGAAUGUUGGAACCGUAGAUGAGUGGGUCAUUUAUGCCAGCAACACGAAAAACAAGAUAGAGACUCAGGAACAGCUAUGCAACAAGACGCAAUACCAGAAAGCUUUAAAUAGAGCAUUCACAUUUAAGGCACUCAUGAUAAGGGAGGACGAUAACUUCACUACCUCAUCAAAUCUGGUAAGAAUAUUUCUUUUCGUGAACGCUCCUUCAGUAGAUCUGAUAUCGUAUAUUUACAAGCGUUGAAGUAAGCUUCCAGGUUAUUUGUUAUGAUCCAAAUUCACAGUAAUUUAGAUGACCAAUUGAAAGAUAGGUAUUUGGCAAGAAAUGAGCUAAUUUUGAUUUGUCGUACUUCCAUUUGCAGACAGUAUCUGAGGCAUUUUCAAGACUGGGCAUAAAUGAUCUAUCGAACGAUAAAACGAAAAACCUGGCCACAACUUCGUUUGAUGCUAUGUGGGGCACCAUGCUAGCCAUAAAAGGAGCUAGUGAAACAAAAAACGUUUCUGAUAAAUUGGGAAAGAACACGUACCUCGAAAGUCAGGAAGUAUCUGAAUUUCUGGUAAAAAAACUCACAGAGUUGAACUUUCAAGGACUAACGGUACGUUUUACUUUUUACUGUUUUAUUUUCUUUUUUGUGAGAAAGGCGUGGGAAAGAUGAUUGAACUUAACUUGCCUCAAGGUAUUUUUGUCAUGAUUUUUAGUCGCUAAUUCUGCUAUUUCGUCUCCGCAUAGCCGUGAACCCUUUGGCAUUCUCCUAAGUUCUACACUCGUAGCAAAACAGCUAAGCUGCCAAGUCGCUUUCUUGCGAGACGUCAAUGACAGUAUAAUCACACAUUUCAGUGACGUUUGAGGAGUGACUGUUGUUAGUGAUGUUUACUGUUGUUAGUAAUCUAUAAAUCUAAGCAUCUUCUAUCUUCAUCUUUAGUCUUUGAAUGAAUAAUAAUAACUAUCAGCUAAUGUGAACUAAUAUCUGAAAGACCAUCCCUUCUAAAUGGCAUAUUUGAGGAGUUAGGUCUCAUUUCAUUAUACCUCUAACGCAUUACUUUCCUAGAGUGUCCCUCCCGCAGUAGAACCAGGUUUUUUUAAAAUGGCCUUUUGGUGAUCAGUGCAUUCCUUCAUUGAAGAGGAAAAAAAGACCUUAACCUUCAGGAGGCUGUGACAGUUGUAACCGCCACUCGACCAGCCCUAUGAGAGAACAUUCGAAGAGUCAAAAUGCUGUAAACGAGAAAUGUAAGAUCGUGCAGCGCCCGUGAAAUAGACAAUGCGAUUUGUGACUAUUUCCAACUACUUACAUAGCCCUAGUGGCAAAACAACUAUUUGAACGGAUCUAUCUUCAAGGUAUUCUGCAGUGUCCUGGCCCCGUCGUCAAUUCAAAGCCUCGUGGCUAUAAAAUUUACAAGAAUGAAAUAUAUUAGUAUGUUACAUAUUUAUUGAUUUCCAGGGCCCAGUGUCUUUCAACCCAGGCAAAAGGAGAAAAGACUUUAUUAUUGUUCUACAGCAAUACCGAGGUAUAAAUUAUAAGAAAUUUACGGUAUUCUCAUUUUCUAAACUGUAUGCAAGAAUUAAAACUAAGGCCCGGUUCAUAGACCGGACUUUUCAUGAUCCGAACCUAAAACAAAGUACAGUCGAACCUCCACGUGCGACCACCUCCCGUAGGCUACCACCGCCCAUAAGCGACCACCUUCCCAAAACACCAAAAAUAUUCUCAGUCAAAGCCUUAUACUGGAAUCUCUCCUAAACGACCACCUCCCGUAAGCGAUCGCGGCCACUUUUUCGGCUGAUAGUUUAGAAUUGUCUAUUGUUUUCAACCUCCGGUAAGCGACAACUAGGCACAUGGUCUUACAUUGUAAAAAUAGGCAAAAAGGAAUUUAUUCUUUGGCUGUCAUUAUAGUCUACACAUCUAUUACCGUGUUCAUUAGUUCGAUCUAUAACUACAGUACUAACCAUUACCCUUAAGAAAAAGACCCAGAUUUCCAGGUUUCAGUUAAAGAAGUUAAGUUUUUGUUCGUCAGACGUUUUAGAGGCAUUUCUUUACAAGAAGUCACGUACACAACCAAGACUUUGUAACCUCAAAUUUGUAACGCGCUUAAUCUAAUUAAAUGCACUUCCGUAAAUGAGCUGUCACGUAGAAUAGCUAAUAAUUUUGUUAAUAAAACUACCAGUAAUUGGCAGUGGAAAGUAAACUUUCAUUAUUUUAUUUAGAAUAAAUGUACCACUCUAUUCGGUUAGGUUGAAUUAAAAAUUUCGCCCCAGCGGUCAUGCAACUCUCGUAAGCGACCACCAAGCUUAACCUCUAAGUCCCAAUAUCAACAUACAAAUUCUCCAAACUGAUCCUCAUACAUUUCCUUUAAGAAUUAGUUGAGAGAAGUUAAUAAAAGAUCAAAGCAUUUUCUCUUUGGUGAUCAUUUGUUAAUUCUCAUAACCUAAUCUCUUGACAAUGUAUGGAUAUUGUUAGGAGAAAAUUGAUGUUGGUCACCAUUGGGACUUAAAGGGUAAACCUUUGCAUUUUGGGCGGUCGCUCGCUUACGAACUUGGGGCCCGUUUCUCGAAAGGCCCGGUAACUUUUCUGGCCCCAAAUUAUAUAUUCAAAUCAAAAUGUAAAGAAUAAAAGCGCAGGAUCUAGCUGACAAACCAGUUCUUUUUGUUUUGUUAACGGAUAGUUUUAUCAUGUUUAUCUGCAACAGUAUUGAAACCUCGAUCUUGAAUGUAAACAGCAACAACUUUCCGGGCCCGUUAAUUAUUGGGACUUUCGAGAAACGGGUCCAUGGUGCAUUAAUUAUGAUAACGUAUUUUGCAAGCAAUUUUACCGAAAUGAACAUUUUUCUCCUUUUGAAUUUACUUCGAUCGGAAUUAAGAUUGAUGUCUAAAUCAAUUCACCCGGUCUAAAUAAUUUGGGUCGGCCUCAAUUCGAAUUAGGUUGGGCUCAUGAAAGUUCGGCCUCUAAACUGGGCCUAAGAACUAAGAAAUAUAUAAAUCCAAUACUUUAGUUCGUAAAUGAGUUUAUUUGCCUGCGCACGAAGCACCAUUAGCCUGGGAGGCAGGCCUUGAAAUGACGUGUAAAACAGACCUCUCCCUUUUCUCCUUUCACUUUAGUUUCUCCCCCUACCCCCUACCCCCUCCCCCCCCCCCCCCCCCCCUUCUUUGCCUCCCCCUCCCCAUUUUGGCUUUGCCACGCAUACUAAGUACCAUGGGGAAGAAAAUCUGAUUAUCUAUCCAUGCGAAAAUUAUCUUGUCACUUGACCGUCCAUUUUAACGUAGGAUCAUUCCAUCCUUAUCAGCCUUUGUGCAAUGCUAUAGUGAAGGAUAUCAUUCAAUUACUGUUAUUAUUAUUAUUAUUAGAUUAUUAUAAUCAUUAUCUUUAUCAUUAUUAGGUAAUUUAUGUAAAAAACGCACAGAAAAAAGAAAGAUGGCGAAGAUUGAAUAAGCUUAAUCGCAUCUAUCAAACUCUGUGAAAUCUUUGCCGUGAUUGGAUAUUUAAACCUUUUUCUAACUUCACUACACAGCAGAUAAGUUUUAGCUUAAACUCAGGUCACAUUAUCCACACAACUGAUAUAAAUUUCACUGAAUUUUGUCGCAGAUAAAGAGGAAAAAUGGGUGAACGUUGGUGAAUUCUUCGUAAAUGAAAGUGGUCAAUUAAACUUGAAAUUUUAUGAAGGCAUGGAAAAAACAUUAUGGGAAGGUAUGUUUAUAGGCCAUUUCCGGGUUCAAAAACUCUCUCGUUCAAAACGAAGCUAAGUGCAAAACCUUUUUUGUGAAAAAAAGCUUUCUUUGCAUGAGAAUAAAAAAUCAUUUUCAUGUCAAUGGCUUUACAGUUAGCCUCGUUUUAAAACAGACGAUUCGGGCAACUCGAAAAUCGCCUCCAUUAAGCGGCCACUUCCGCGGUGCCGGCAAAUACAAAAUAAUCUCUGGAUUUCCCAUUAUACUCUCAUGUAACUUGUGUUCAGUUCAAAGGUUCAGACUUAAAAGUACUCAUGCAUAGUUUGCUGAUGUGUUUUAUAGCUGGAAAAGCUUGACAAACCAUCAGACCAAUACAUAUUUUAUUAACUGUAUACUAAUCGGCCUCGUAUUUUGCUCAAGAUGGACGUGUCCCAAGCGACAGAUCGCUGAUAACAACGCAACGAAUGGAUACUCCGCGUGCGCUCUUCAUCAUCUUCUCAACGCUGGCCUCCUUUGGUAUAGUUCUAGGGAUCAUUUUCAUGGUAUUCAAUCGCUACUACCGCGAUUGCAAGUGAGUUUCAUGCACUCUUUAAUAAAGGAGCAAGAUAGAUGUUUUACCAGGGUGGGGAGAUACCCCCAUAUGUAAACUACAUUGGUAUAUCCUGGGUGAGAACCAUUACGCACACACAAGAGCCUAUGACACUAGUGAUGGACUCCUGGCACACAUUCAUGCACUCAUUCAUGCACUCUUUAAUAAAGGAGCAAGAUAUAUGUUUUACCAGGGUGGGGAGAUACCCCCAUAUGUAAACUACAUUGGUAUAUGACACUAGUGAUGGACACUAGUGAUGGACUCCUAGCACACAUCAAUCCAAAGUGGAUUCGGAAAUAGUGUAGACCUUCGCAAGAGUUAUGGCGGACGCUUCCUGAAUGGCUUUUUAAAAAUAGUUUUCUACGGGAUACAAAGGGUCGCAAGAGGUGAUUGCAGUUUUUAAAAGAACACGAUCGAUACCGGAGAAGAUUGGCUAAAGUUACAACAAAUAGUACGGUUUUAGAUCAUGAACUUCAGAGUUUGAAAACAAAGGAACGGCGAGUUUCUUGAACGCCUUCAAACCUUUUGGUACAGUUCUGCCUUGUCUUCCACUAAACCUCAGGUUUCCGCAGAUUCUUUUAACACUAAAGUGAUCGAUAAAAGUCAUCUGCGCUCAAUGCGCGGUGACGUAAAUAACCCACAAUGCUUUUCGAAAAGAGUAGGGGACGUAGAUGGGGGAAGGGGGCUGUUACGGGCCUGCAGUCGUGUAGUUCUGUUGCGGUGACCCUUCCAAAAAUUGGAAAAUCUUAGUAGAUGAAUAAAUAAAUAAAUAAAUAAAGACCUUUAACGAAACGUUUGAGGGGGUAGAAAUAUCAUGUGAUGCAGUGACUGACCGAAGAUUCAACGCAUAAAUGUUGGAUGGCAAAAAUUAUACGGUUAGGGUCGGGUGAAGCUUAAUUUAUUGAACAAGUCACCCCAACUCAAAUCCUUAUCACAUAAUUUAUGCCAUUUCUCAGGUCAUGAGAAAACUCGAUCUUUUCUCCUUUUAUACUCACAAAAAUGAAAAGCAACGGGUAUAAGGAAAUGUUUACCGGUUUUCUUUUCGCAGUUAUGCAGACCUAACGCAAAUGUUGGCCUUUUUUCUAGAUUUAUUCGUCUAUCUGUUCCGAUGUUCAAUGAUAUUAUUGUUUUGGGAUGUAUCAUGUGUUUGAGCACAAUAUAUUUAUUUGGAAUCCGGAAAGUCAACGAUGCCAAUAGAACCAUGCCACGUAUUUGCAAGGUGAGGAGUAACGUUAAUUUCAUGUGGUUAUCUACCAGUCAAACCCAAAACCGCCCCCUCCCCCCCCCGGGGGGGCCAAGUGGGCGAAAAGGAUUUCAUAAUUCUUUCAGCAUUCAGCCUGUGCAACGAGUUCACGGGUCAUUGUUCAUGUAUUCACAGUUUUGUUGGAGCAUUUGAGAAGCCCGUUAAAUGAGGACUUUCUGGAAUGAACAGUUUUUUGAAAUGAACAAACCUCCGUAAGAUAGCUUUCGGAGGCUUAAUUAAGAUAUUUUGAUUGUGAUAAAUGGGAUAUUCAUAUAAUAAUAAUAAUAAUAAUAUUUAUAGAGGGAGCCCAACUCGCCAAGGCGGUUUUCAGUGGGGCCCUCAUGCAUAAAUCUAACUAAUUAAUUAAUUAUUACGAAAAAGUAAAAUAUGUUUACAAGUAAAACAAAUUUAAAAAUUUAAAAUCUUAAAAUCGAUUAUACAAAAAAUAUCAAGGUUUAAAAAUUAGCUGAGAUCUUUAAAAAAAGUUUUUAACUUGGAUUUAAAAAUAGAUAAAAUAUUACACUCUUUUAAAUCAUUGGGAAGGCUGUUCCAGUCUUUCGCGGCGUGAAAAAUAAAAGUUUGUUUACCCCAGUUUGUUCUGGGUAGGGGUAAGCGAAUAUCAUUAGAGCGUCUUGUAUUAUAUGAAUGAACAGCUUGAGUUUUAGUAAAAUUAACGUUGAAAUCGGUUUCUCCAAUAAGACACUUGUGGAUAGACUCUUCAGUGCUUCAGUUGACGAGCUUCGGGGUGGUUGCGCCAGCAUAACUUUAGCAGCUUUAUUCUGUAGAAUCUGUAAUUCUGACAUGAUGGUGUCAUUGUUUUUGUCCCCCCAUAUAACGUCUCCGUAAUCAAAAAGAGGGAGGAUUAGGGCAUUGUACAAGGCAACUCUAGCUUGUAGCGGCAAUAGAUUUUUGAAUAAACGGUUUGACGCAUGGGAAAAGCUGCCCGUGGGUGGGGAAUUUGACGCUUUUUCAAGCGCUAGCCGGUGGAUCAUGCUACCAUCUGAACAGCACUAUACCAACUUACCGGGGAAUUUAACCAUAAAGAUCAAAUCCCUAGGGGGUUUGCCGGGGGGGCAUGGGCGGUUUUGGAAUUGACUGGUACAUAACUGUGGUAGUGGCGAGAUACUAUCUGUUUUUCUUUUAAUUCUUUAAUUCACAUUUUAUGAUGUAUCUUAUUUUUUUUCAGGCUCGUGCGUGGCUUUUGAACAUAGGAUUCUCCUUGGCUUUUGGAGCCAUGUUUAUCAAAACCUGGCGAGUUUACAAGAUUUACACAAACAUAAGUCUGAGAGUCGGUGUAAGUGUAUCAAAUUUUAAAAUUGCCAGCAAAAAAAAACUUAAAAAAUAUAUUGGAACAAAACAAUUGUUAGAUUCGGUUUCGUAUGAUCUGAAGAAUUGCGUUGAUCUCGUAAUUCUUCAAAUCCUAAUCAGCCUCAACCAAUAAUUGCUUACCGUAUUUAUUCGAUUAAGCGCCUAACCUCGAAUAAGCGCCCAUCCUGUAGGGAGGAAAAGUUAACAAGCAACUAGCCUCGAAUAAGAACCCAUCCCACCCACCACCAUCUCCCCCAAAAAACUGAAGUGGACAAGAUAGUUGUUUAUUAUUUUCCUACUGCACAUUAUACUUAUCGUCGACUGACCCAUUUGCAGACGUUACGCUGUGAAAAAUCGACGAAGCAACACGAGAGAGUUCGCUUAUUGACCUCACUGACAAUGAGAUAGAAAUUGACUAGGUUCUAUUAGGAGACUUCCCUGAGGACAAAGUUCUUAGUCGCUUUUAAAUAAACUGAAAUAAACGGUUAAAAAUUCUGCUUUGCCACAUCUUCACGUUUUGCUAUUAUUUACUGUUUUGUUGGAAAAUUAACUUAGUACUUGCUAAAAAUAACGAAAAUUUAAUAAGCGCCCACUCUCGAGGCCCAGGAAUUUUAUAACCGCCAUAAACACAGUAUCCUUAGUUCAAAUCAUAAAUAAGUGCAUUCUCUCCGUUAUACAAUGGAAGUUGUUUAACUUGCUAACAUCUAAAAUGUUCGAAAUUUAUCAGCUGGGAUUGUCUGAUUGGCGGAUUCUGGCUAUGGUAUUUGGGAUCGUUGUGAUUGACGUGGUGCUGUUAGUGGCUUGGGAACUUACAGACCCGCUCCAACAUGAAGAAGCAGUCGUGGACAAGAAGGUUAGUGGACAGAUUACAACCUGCUCCAACAAAAAUUUUUCAGCGUAUAUCUUAUACGGUAUUAGCACUUGUCGAGAGGUGCUUGUAAUGCUGAUUUCAGGUUUAUGAAAUUGCUCUAUUCAUGUGCUUCGAAUUUUUACUGUAUGAUUUCAUGUGGUGAGCGUAUAUGGCCACAUUCACAAAAUGUUAUAUUUCUUUAAUCUUUGGAGGAAGAUUCAGCUGGGAUCACAUGGACUUUGAAGCUUCCAAAUAACAGUCAGUAACUAUAAACACUAUUCACGAUCUGAAAUAACGCGUACUUGCUCUCCCGGCGAAGUGACCUGGUCCAUGGUAUUGAUGAUUAAUACUUGUAUUUUCGGUUUUCAUUGCAGAAUGAUCCAGGGGAUCACUUCAAAAUAAUAAUGUCUACAAUAAAUACAUGUACGGGGAAAAAUGUGGAAAUGUGGGUGGCAUUGAUUUAUGUUAGCAAGGGAAUUCUUUUGCUUUACGGGCUGUUCCUCGCUUAUCAGACAAGAAAUGUCGUGUAUGCGCAUUUGAACGACUCGCGAAUCAUUGGAAUUUGUGUGUACAACGUGGUGGUGCUGUCCACUAUUGGGGCGUUCUUGGCUCUAAUUUUGAAGAACGAACAGUAUGUAGAGUUAUACUCCGCACUAAGUGUGUGUAUAUCUUUCCCAGCUGCAGCCACUAUAUCGCUGAUCUUCAUACCAAAGGUAAAACCU